AUGACUGGACGCUAUCCAGACAGAGUCGGGGUGCCGGGCGUAAUCCGCACCCAUCCAGAAGACAGUUGGGGCUACUUUCGACAGGAUGCAGUCACACUCCCCUCAGUUUUGAAGCAGAAGGAUUAUCAUACCGCACUUAUCGGUAAGUGGCACCUUGGACUUGAACCGGAGAAUCAUCCGUGUAGGCGGGGCUUCGACCGUUUCCACGGCUUUCUCGGCGAUAUGAUGGAUGACUACUACACGCAUCUUCGGCACGACAUCAAUUACAUGCGACACGGCUUCGACACGAUCGAUCCGCAGGAACACGCCACAGAUCUCUUCACGGAAUGGAGUGUAGAUUUCAUUCGUGCGCAAGCGCAAUCAUCACAGCCUUUUUUCCUUUAUCUUGCCUAUAAUGCACCACAUACACCGAUCCAACCGCCUGACGAUUGGGUGGAACGGGUGCGGGAACGCGAGCCGGAUAUUUCCCCGCAGCGCGCCAAAUACAUUGCCCUUGUCGAGCACAUGGAUGCUGGUAUUGGGCGAGUACUCGAUACGCUUGUUGAAACAGAUCAGUUGUCCAAUACACUCGUUAUUUACACUUCUGACAACGGUGGGUCGAUAGACGUUGGAGCACACAACGGUCCCUUGCGCGGUCAAAAGGGCGAAAUGUACGAAGGCGGCAUUCGAGUGCCGGCGUGCGCAAUGUGGCCAGGGCACGUUCCAGAAGGACAUGUUACCGAUCAGGUUGCAUUGCUGAUGGAUCUUUUCCCAACAGUAUGUGAGGUAGCAGGUGCACCGAUCGCUCAUGAGAUCGAAGGACGUUCAAUUUGGAAAACGCUCCAAGCGGAACAGCAAGACUUCUCUGACCGCAUCCUCUACUGGUUACGCAGAGAGGGAGGACAGCGGUUUCUCGGGCAGUGUCAGCACGCCGUACGGCGUGGGGACACCAAAUUGUUGCACAAUAGUCCUUUUGAGGCACUGGAGCUCUACGAUUUGUCAGACGAUCCACUGGAAACGACAAACGGCUCACAGACACAGAUCGACCUCUUUAGAGAAAUGAGUCAAUUAUUUCAGGCGGAAACGCAAAAGGCUGGGCAUGUCCCGUGGCAGCGGUAA